CCGGCGGCUGAUCCCCCUGCGGUGCCGAGCUCACCCCAUGUGGGAGUACCGGGGACAGAACGACCGCACCCGGUCGACGGCGACCGAGUGGGACGAGGGCGAGUACCGGAAGGCGCUCGCUAAGAUCACCACUGCCACCUUUACUUCCUUCGAGGACGGCUUGCAGCCCUACACCGAAGACACCCCAGCGCCUCAGCGUUGGCAGAAGAUCGCAGACCACCUCCCUCCUCUCGCCGGAAAGGAACCACCGGAGAUGACCGAAGGCGAGGAGGAAGAGGUCGACGAGGAGGAGGAGCGCACCGAGUCGGACUCGGAGGCGCGGGACUUCAUCAGACUCCCGCGCGGGUCGAAGAGGGGUGCCGAGUCCUCGUCCCAGGGCGCGGCUGAAGAGGAGGCGACCUCCCGUCCGGAGGACAAGGCGGAGCCCUCCAAGGAAGGGGCCGAGCCGCUAUCGAAGCGACUCGCGCCCACUCUCCUGGAAGGGUCCAUGAGGCUUCAGCGUCCCUUGAAGGACGCGAUCGAUGCGGGAGCUCGGGCCGCAUGGCUCGCGGGGGCAUGGCGAGUGCGGCGACGGGUCCGGACGUUGCUCCGCCUGUGGUGGAGGAGUCGACUGACAUUGGAUCGACCGAGGGCGGAAGGCACCCGAGUUGAAGAGGACAUCGUCGAGGAGGGCGGCCUGUCGGAGCCACCGAAAGAGCGCCGGUCCAAGGCCGCCAGGGACCGCGCCCCGCCCGAGUGA